UAUACCAUGCUGUUCUGGAUAUAGUCAUUACUUUAAAUAACUCACAAGUGAAAGCUUUGUGAAUAGAGCCCUUUAUUGGCAGUUACAUAUAGAACCAUGACAAGAAAUUCAAAUAAUAAGAUACAUCAUAGAACAUGAGCAUGAGAUACUCCUUCCCAAUGUGCUUUCCUAAGGUCAACAGAGGACUUGUGUGAUUUUUGCCUCUACCCAGCAUUGUAGCUUUAAGCCAAAUGAGGGUGGUUCUUUGUUGUAUGGGAGGGAUGCUUUUAUCCUCAGCAACACUCUCUGGCAGAGAGAGAGAGAGAGAGAGAGAGAGAGAGAGAGAGAGAGAGAGAGAGAGAGAGAGAGAGAGAGAGAGAGAGAGAGAGAGAGAGAGGCAGUGAAAUAGCUAAAGAGGGAAAGCACUGAAACAGAGCCUUGAUGGAGGAUCCCUGUUUAUAAGAAUAAUCUCCAGGAUUUUAACCCACACAAGCUUUAAUCUUCAAAUCCGGAUUUACACAACGAGGCAACAAUACCAACCCUGUAAUAUAAAAGAGGAACAUUUUACCUUUUGUGUUUAAACAAUAGUACAUACACUGUUAGAUUUUAUUCACAGAGAGAGAGAGAGAGAGAGAGAGAGAGAGAGAGAGAGAGAGAGAGAGAGAGAGAGAGAGAGAGGGCAGAAUAGCUGGAGCAUCACCCGUGUUUGCUGCUACAGACUGGUCUACAGACUGACUGGCUGCAUACCUCAUUUUUUCUGGUUGCAUCCUUUUGCAAUUCAUCUGCUAAUCUCUUCUGCUGCCCUCAGAAGUAAGACUGCAACAACACAGAGAUCCUGAUAAUGAGUGAUAAAGGAACAAGAGUCUUUAAGAAAGCAAGUCCAAAUGGAAAGCUUACAGUAUAUCUUGGGAAGAGGGAUUUUGUUGAUCAUGUGGACAUAGUGGAACCUGUAGAUGGCGUUGUUUUGGUGGACCCAGAAUAUUUAAAGGAAAGAAAAGUGUUUGUGACGUUAACCUGCGCCUUCAGAUACGGGCGCGAGGACCUGGAUGUCCUUGGCUUAACAUUCAGGAAGGACCUUUUUGUGGCCAAUAUCCAGGCCUUCCCACCAGUGCCUGAAGAGAAGAAGCCCCUAACCCGCCUACAGGAACGCCUGAUCAAAAAACUUGGGGAGCACGCCUAUCCAUUCACAUUUGAGAUUCCCCCCAACCUGCCAUGUUCUGUUACCCUUCAACCUGGACCAGAAGACACAGGAAAGGCCUGUGGAGUAGACUUUGAAGUGAAAGCCUUUUGUGCAGAUAACGUGGAAGAAAAGAUUCAUAAGAGGAAUUCAGUGCGUCUUGUAAUUCGGAAAGUGCAGUACGCACCUGAGAAGCCAGGCCCUCAGCCCAUGGCAGAGACGACUCGGCAGUUUCUCAUGUCGGAUAAACCACUGCAUCUUGAAGCAUCGUUGGACAAAGAAAUUUAUUAUCAUGGGGAACCAAUAAACGUCAAUGUUCAUGUAACAAACAACACAAAUAAAACAGUGAAGAAAAUAAAGAUCUCAGUGCGUCAGUAUGCAGACAUUUGCCUGUUUAACACGGCACAGUACAAGUGUCCUGUGGCAAUAGAAGAAGCUGAUGACUUUGUGGCCCCCAGUGCCACUUUCUGCAAAGUGUAUACUCUGACUCCAUUCCUUGCCAACAACCAUGACAAAAGAGGCCUGGCCCUGGAUGGAAAACUCAAACACGAGGACACGAACUUGGCAUCCAGUACUUUAUUAAGAGAAGGGGCAAAUAAAGAGAUCCUGGGGAUCCUAGUGUCUUACAAAGUCAAAGUGAAGCUGGUUGUAUCCAGAGGCGGCCUCUUGGGAGACCUUGCAUCAAGUGACGUUGCUGUCGAACUUCCAUUCACUCUAAUGCAUCCCAAACCAAUUGAAGAAUUAUACAGAGAAGUUCCAGAAAAUGAAGCACCCAUUGAUACAAAUCUGAUAGAAUUUGACACCAACGAUGACGAUAUUGUGUUUGAAGACUUUGCCCGCCAGAGGCUCAAAGGGGCGAAGGAUGACAAAGAGGAAGAGGACGAAGGCGCAAACUCGCCAAAGCUGAACGACAGAUAAACAAGCUUGAGCGACUCAGUUGUUUACUGUGGUAUUGGUGCAUAGUGCUAACAGAGCCCAGGAGACCUUUUAACUCACAGUGCUGCCAUUGCUUUGUUCUUGUUCACACUCUUAAAAAACUACUUCUCAGUACACAUCUGCACACUUACAAGUCUGUAAUGUUGAGAUAACCUAAACAGGUAUCAAUACAAGUAUCAAAUAAGAUUCUACUUUGCUCCCGUGAGAAUGGUUGUGCCCAUGGCAGCAAAGAAGUCUUGCAUCGAUAUCAUGUUACAAUUUAAGAUAAUUUAUUAAAAGUCACCCUCAUUAAAGAACUUAUGUGGUCCUCAAUUAAGGACCUGAUGGUCUGUUAUACAAACCUGUAAAACUAUGACUUUGUUGAUGAGUUAAAAUUACUAUUUCUGCUUUGGCAGUGACAGUAAUAGUUCUUAGUUCUGCAUGGUUGCUGACAUCUUGGCUUUCAUUGUAUCAUGAGGAUCAAGUUAAAAAACAAGAGAGGCCAUAUUCCAAGCUAAAUCUGACACUUCUAUUUAUAUAUUUAUAUUCAUCAUGGUGUUGACACAACCGUUUGCUUUUAUAGCAAAACAGAGUGUAAUGAUAUGUACAGUAAUUCUCAUAUUUGUGCUCAAACAUCAUGGACAGGAUAUUUUGUAUGUGUAAAGAGGGUACGUGCUGUAUGUUAAUAUUGAUAUAGAAUUAGAAAUGCAGCAUCUUUUAAUAUGUUUAUUGUUUCUUGGCUCUAUAGAUUGUGAGGCAGGGAUGGAUGUGACCUACUAUAAACUCAAAGAAUAUCACACAUGUGAUUGAUUGAUUGUUUUGACCCCUGACCAAUGGAAAGAGUUGAUAUAUAGACCAUGCAAUGUAUCAAAGCUAAUGCGUUAUCUCUAGGGCUCCAAGAUUAUAACAUUUUCCCGACAAGGACAAACAUGGCACCUACACAUUCCAGUCUCUACAGUUUGGCUCUGAGUUACGGUUCAUUAUCUGAGGGGAAUACUGUAUAUGAAGAGAGAGUUGCCUUGCUAAUUCGCAUGUAAUCUGCACUUCUGUCAUAAGGAACAGAUGUCAUGACUUAACUUUUUGUAUGUCAGGUAACUAAAGAAUGUACACAUUUUUAAAAAGAGAAAAAAAAGUAGUGUUAAGUUUUUAUUUGUAUAUUUUUAAAAUGUGCUGUCAUGGUGUAUUUUAUUUAAAAUGUUGUCUGUAAAUGUCGAAAGCAUAUACUUUUGAGAUUCUGGAGAUGUGCUUUUGGCUCCAGGUUUCCUGUAGUAUGUGAUUCCCUAACAGAACUACUGUAGCACAAAGUAUAGCCUAGGUAAAGAGUAAAAGCCCUGGGUAUGAAGCACAAUGCUUGAUACUUUGCUGCAGAGCUCUCAUUUAAAAUAGUUUCCAUUUUAAAAGCAAGUGGGUUUUCUUAAAAGUUAUCUAAUAGUACGGAUCUCCUUUCUUUCUUUUUUUUUUUAACAAAAAAGCCUUAAACAUCAUAUUCUUUGUACAGCCAUCCCAUCUUCUUUUCUCAAGUUUGAAGUUUCAUUUUACUUUUAACUUUGCUGCAUUCUCUCUGGUCAUUUUCAAUUGUAACCAGGUCUUAUAGUAAAGAUUUAUAUCUUUCCAAGACCUUAUAUUGGAAACAUAUACUGUAAUAGGUCUUAAUAGCAUGAAGACAUUCUUGCUCAGAAUAAAACAAAACAGUCUAGGUUAAUUUACUAGACUUCUCAUUUUGAAUUCUUAAAACCUGAAGUUUACCUGUGAGAAAAAAAAAAAAGAAAAAGAUUGGCUGUGCUAUACCCAUUAUAGAGUAUAGCUUAGGGGGCUCCCUUAGCUAUAAGAAGCAGCUCACACUUUUUAAAAGAAGAGGAAUGUACUAUUGUAUGUAAUAGUCUUUGGCCCUUAACAUUUUCUACUCUUGUUACUGUAUUAUUUGCCUCAAAACAAUACCAGCCUUUACAAUAAACCAUAGUAUAAUAUUAAAAAAGAUUCUACAGUUCAGUAAAACGCUACGAUUGGGCAAAUUGGGGACCUCCGAAAAUACAAAACAUAAUUGGUGACUCUUUUAAAAAAAAAAAAAAAAAAAAAAAAAAUUGAAGAUAUGUAGGGACAUAAGUAU